UUCGCUCCAACACAAAAUAGGGCCGCGUCUUCUCCUUUCUCCCCUUCUGGAGUGGGGUUCCCCAGGCAAAAGGCCCCCUUCGAAUCUCGCGCCGGAGGCUUCACGAAUCUCCGCGACUGCUGCCGAGGUCUUGGGCCAGGAAAUAGACCCUUCGCAGGAACCACCCUACCGGCCGAACAGGAGGCGGAGGGGGGGAGGCGGAGCGGCGCCGCGCUGCACUACUUUCCUCUCCGGUUGCAAAUGGCUGCCUCGUUCCCCACUUUCCGCUCAGUUUCCUGACCCCUCGGCGCCGGGAGCCGGGGUUGGGCCAUGCACCUCUAGGCCCCCCGCGAUCACAGCCAGCUGGGGGUCUAAGGGGUGCCGCCGAUCAGAGCCCGCCAGGCCGGGGGCGGGGCAGCUCCCGAAGCCAGAGGGGAAGGGAGGCGAACGCAGGGCCUGGAGCGGCCAGAGGGGAGCGGACAGAGGGCUCGCACCGCCCGCCCCUUCCCCUUCCUCGCCCACCUACCUUCCUCCCUUCCCCGGAGGGAGUAGAAGGUGGGGGGCUCGCAGCCGCCGAGGGCGAGCGUUCGGGGUCGAGGAGCCCCUGCGCUGGGUGUGUGUCAGGUUCAGCUCCGCGGUCCCGCCGGCUCCGCGUCGCCGUAGCUCGCGCGGCCCCGGGGCACUGGCCCGGGCGGGGAGAGGGGCUCGGCGCUCCUGUGAGGGUCUCACGUUCCAUUCGGGCCCGGCGCGGGGCGGCGCGGCAUUCCUUCCGGGCUGCUGGGGAGGCGCCUCGACGUUCCAUCUGGAGAGUCUCGACGUUCCGCCCGAGCCCGGCGCGGGCGGCCGGGGCGCUGGCCGGGCACUGGGACUGAGAGGCCGCCCGGCGACGCGGAUGCGGAGCCUGCUCGCCCAAGAUCAAAGCCACCGGUGCUCUCUUUGUGUCCGCUCGGGAUUCGCCGCCCUGGGGCUGUCCAUGGAAACCUAAACUGCUGGAACCCAAGGCAGAGAACCCCUCCUUCGGCUUCUUGAUUUUUUUGUGGGGGGGGGGGGUGGGGGACGGUGGCCACUCCGACCUGGAUUUACCGUUCUUGGACCCCCUAGGCCCCCCCGUGCGGGGGGCGGCUGUGAUCGCUCUGGCGGUUGGAGGUCGGGGAGCGGCCCGGGCUCUGGCCAUGUUCUCGGAUGAGGAUUUCUGGAUCACCCUGUGAAGAGGUCUCCCCGAGAGGGCCCUGCCCAGUCGGAGAGAGGGAUGGACAGCCAGAAGCCGCCUGGUGAGGAUAAAGAUUCAGAACCGGCAGCUGAUGGACCUGCAGCCUCUGAGGAGUCAGGUGCCACUGAGCCAGACCUUCCCAACCCACACAUUGGGGAGGUCGCUGUUCCCAGUUCUGGGAGUGCCAGGCUUCAGGAGCCUCCCCAGGACUGCAGUGAGGGUCCAGCACGACGUUGUGCUCUCUGUAACUGCGGGGAGCCCAGUCUGCAUGGGCAGCGGGAGCUACGGCGCUUUGAGUUGCCAUUUGACUGGCCCCGGUGUCCAGUGGUAUCCCCUGGGGGGGACCCAGGGCCUAAGGAGGCAGUGCUGCCCAGUGAGGACCUAUCACAGAUUGGUUUCCCUGAGGGCUUGACACCUGCCCACCUAGGAGAACCUGGAGGGCCCUGCUGGGCUCAUCAUUGGUGUGCUGCGUGGUCGGCAGGCGUGUGGGGGCAAGAGGGCCCAGAACUAUGUGGUGUGGACAAGGCCGUCUUCUCAGGGAUCUCACAGCACUGCUCUCACUGCACCAGGCUCGGUGCCUCCAUCCCUUGCCGCUCGCCUGGAUGUCCACGGCUUUACCACUUCCCCUGUGCGACUGCCAGUGGUUCCUUCUUGUCCAUGAAAACACUGCAGCUGCUAUGCCCACAGCACAGUGAGGGGGCCGCACAUCUGGAAGAGGCCCAUUGUGCAGUAUGUGAGGGGCCAGGGGAACUGUGUGACCUGUUCUUCUGUACCAGCUGUGGGCAUCACUAUCACGGGGCCUGUCUGGACACUGCUCUGACUGCCCGCAAGCGUGCUGGCUGGCAGUGCCCUGAAUGCAAAGUGUGCCAAGCCUGCAGGAAACCUGGGAAUGACUCAAAGAUGUUGGUCUGUGAGACGUGUGACAAAGGAUACCAUACUUUCUGCCUAAAACCACCCAUGGAGGAACUGCCUGCUCAUUCUUGGAAGUGCAAGGCAUGCCGGAUUUGCCGGGCCUGUGGGGCAGGCUCAGCAGAGCUGCAUCCCAACUCUGAGUGGUUUGAGAACUACUCACUCUGUCACCGCUGUCACAAAGCCCAGAGAGGUCAGCCUGUCAGUCCUAUUGCUGAGCAGCACCCCCCUGUCUGUAGAAGAUUCUCACCCCCAGAGCCUGGCGAUACCCCCACUGAUGAGCCCAAUGCUCUGUACGUUGCUCGCCAAGGACAGCCAAAGGGUGGGCACGUGACCUCUAUGCAAUCCAAGGAACUGGGGCCCCUGCAAUGUGAAGCCAAACCACUAGGGAGAGCAGAGGCCCAACUCGAGCCCCAGCUGGAGGCCCCCCUAAAUGAGGAAAUGCCACUGCUGCCCCCACCUGAGGAGUCGCCCCUGUCCCCACCGCCUGAGGAGUCACCCACGUCCCCGCCGCCCGAGGCGUCGCGCCUGUCCCCACUGCCCGAGGGAUCACCCACGCCCCCGCCGCCUGAGGCACCGCACCUUUCCCCACCGCCCGAGGAAUCUCCUCUCUCUCCACCGCCUGAGGAAUCUCCCCUGUCUCCUCCACCCGAGUCAUCACCUUUUUCUCCACUUGAGGAGUCUCCCUUCUCUCCACCAGAGGAGUCGCACCCAUCACCCCCACUUGAGGCACCCCUCUGCCCACCAGCUAAAGCACCGCUUCUGUCCCCACCAUUGGAGGAGUCUCCCCUGUCCCCUCCACCUGAGGAACUGCCCACGUCCCCACCGCCUGAAGCAUCUCGCCUGUCUCCACCGCCUGAGGAGUCACCCAUGUCUCCUCCACCUGAAGAGUCACCCAUGUCUCCGCCACCCGAGGCAUCUCGUUUGUUCCCACCAUUUGAAGAGUCUCCCCUGUCCCCUCCUCCUGAGGCGUCUCCCCUCUCUCCACCACCUGAGGCAUCGCGCCUGUCCCCACCGCCUGAGGACUCACCCAUGUCCCCUCCGCCUGAAGACUCGCCUAUGUCCCCUCCACCUGAGGUGUCACGCCUGUCUCCACCACCUGAGGAAUCUCCCCUGUCCCCACCACCUGAGGAAUCUCCCACGUCCCCUCCACCUGAGGCUUCACGCCUGUCCCCGCCACCGGAGGACUCUCUCACCUCCCCACCCCUGGAAGAUUCAUCUGCUUCCCCGCCACUGGAGGGCUUGCUCACGUCCCCACCGCUGGAGGAAUCACCCCUCUCGCCACUGCCUGAGGAGCCUCAACUCUGUCCCGGGCCCGAGGAGCCUCGACUCUGUCCCUGGCCUGAAGAGCCACACCUGUCCCCUACAUCUGAGGAACCAUGCCUGUCUCCCACGCCUGAGAAACCGUACCUGUCACCCAUGCCCAAGGAGCCGCACCUGUCCCCCCAGCCCAAGGAGCUGUGCCUGUCCCCCCGGCCUGAGGAGACGCGCCUGUCCCCUGCCCCUGAGGAGCUGCACCUGUCCCCUGCACCCGAGGAGCCUCGCCUGUCCCCUGCACCCGAGGAGCCUCGCCUGUCCCCUGUACCCGAGGAGCCUCGCCUGUCCCCUGCACCCGAGGAGCCAGGCCUGUGCCCCACACCUGGGGAGUUGGCCUUGAUUCCUCCAUCUGGGGAGUCACCCCUAUCCCCCCUGCUUGGAGAGCCGGCCCUGUCUGAGCCUGGGGAGCCACCUCUGUCCCCUCUGCCUGAGGAGCUGCCCUUGUCUCCAUCUGGGGAACCAUCCUUGUCACCUCAGCUGAUGCCACCAGAUCCUCUUCCUCCUCCGCUGUCACCUAUUAUCACAGCUGUGGCUCCACCUGCACUGUCUCCUUUGGGGGAAUUAGAGUACCCCUUUGGUGCCAAAGGGUACAGUGACCCUGAGUCACCACUGGCUGCCCCCAUCCUGGAGACACCCAUCAGCCCUCCACCGGAAGCUAACUGCACUGACCCUGAGCCUGUGCCCCCUAUGAUCCUUCCCCCAUCUCCAGGUUCCCCAAUGGGACCGGCUUCUCCCCUCCUGAUGGGUCCCCUUCCCCCUCAGUGUUCUCCUCUUCUCCAGCAGUGCUCCCCAUCGCAGUGCUCCCCUCCUGCUCUGCCCCUAUCCAUUCCCUCCCCCCUGAGUCCCCUAGAGAAGGCAAUGGAGGUCUCAGACGAGACUGAGCCACAUGAGAUGGAGACUGAGAAAGUCCUAGAACCCGAGUGCCCAGCCUUGGAGCCCAGCCCUACCAGUCCUCCCCCCUCCCCUAUGGGAGACCUUUCUUGCCCUGCACCCAGCCCUGCCCCAGCCCUGGAUGACUUCUCUGGCCUGGGAGAAGACACAGCCCUUCUGGAUGGGACUGACACUCCUGGUUCACAGCCAGAGGCUGGACAGACUUCUGUCAGUUUGUCUAGUGAACUUAAGGGUUCUCCUGUGCUCCUGGACCCCGAGGAGCUGGCCCCUGUGACCCCUAUGGAGGUCUAUGGCCCAGAAUGCAAACAGGUAGGGCAGGGCUCCCCCUGUGAAGAACAGGAUGAGCCACGUGCCCCAGUGGCCCCUACCCCACCCACUCUCAUUAAAUCCGACAUCGUUAAUGAGAUCUCCAAUCUGAGCCAGGGCGAUGCCAGUGCCAGUUUUCCUGGCUCAGAGCCCCUGCUGGGCUCUCCUGACCCUGAGGGGGGUGGCUCCCUGUCAAUGGAACUGGGGGUAUCUACAGAUGUUAGCCCAGCCCGAGAUGAGGGCUCCCUGCGGCUCUGUACCGAUUCGCUGCCAGAGACUGAUGACUCGCUGUUAUGUGAAGCUGGGACGGUUGUCAGUGGAGGCAAAGCCGAAGGGGACAAGGGGAGGCGGCGUAGCUCCCCAGCCCGUUCCCGCAUCAAACAGGGGCGCAGCAGUAGUUUCCCAGGAAGGCGCCGGCCACGUGGAGGAGCACACGGAGGACGUGGAAGAGGACGGGCCCGGCUGAAAUCAACUACUUCUUCCAUUGAAACUCUGGUAGUUGCUGAUAUCGACAGCUCUCCCAGCAAGGAGGAAGAAGAAGAGGAUGAUGAUACCAUGCAAAAUACCGUAGUUCUCUUCUCCAACACAGACAAAUUUGUCCUUAUGCAGGACAUGUGCGUGGUAUGUGGCAGCUUUGGCCGGGGGGCAGAGGGCCAUCUCCUUGCCUGUUCCCAGUGCUCCCAGUGCUAUCAUCCUUACUGCGUCAACAGCAAGAUCACCAAGGUGAUGCUGCUAAAGGGCUGGCGUUGUGUGGAGUGUAUUGUGUGUGAGGUGUGUGGCCAGGCCUCUGACCCUUCACGCCUACUGCUCUGUGAUGACUGUGACAUUAGCUACCACACAUACUGCCUGGACCCCCCAUUGCUCACCGUGCCCAAGGGCGGCUGGAAGUGCAAGUGGUGUGUGUCCUGUAUGCAGUGUGGGGCUGCCUCCCCUGGCUUCCACUGCGAGUGGCAAAAUAGUUACACACACUGCGGGCCCUGUGCCAGCCUGGUGACCUGCCCCAUCUGUCAUGCCCCAUAUGUGGAAGAGGACCUUCUCAUCCAGUGCCGCCACUGUGAACGGUGGAUGCAUGCUGGCUGUGAGAGCCUCUUCACAGAGGAGGAAGUGGAGCAGGCAGCCGAUGAGGGCUUUGACUGUGUCUCCUGCCAGCCCUAUGUGGUAAAGCCUAUGGUGCCUGUUGCUCCUCCAGAAUUGGUGCCUAUGAAGGUGAAAGAGCCAGAGCCCCAGUACUUUCGCUUCGAGGGUGUGUGGCUGACAGAAACUGGCAUGGCUGUGCUGCGUAACCUAACCAUGUCUCCCCUGCACAAGCGGCGCCAGCGGCGGGGACGGCUCGGCCUCCCAGGAGAGGCAGGGCUGGAGGGUUCUGAGCCCUCGGAUGCCCUUUGCUCUGAUGACAAGAAGGAUGGGGACCUGGACACUGAUGAGCUGCUCAAGGGUGAAGGUGGUGUGGAGCAUAUGGAAUGUGAAAUUAAACUGGAGGGCCCCAUCAGCCCUGAUGUGGAGCCUGGCAAGGAAGAGACCGAGGAAAGCAAAAAGCGCAAGCGCAAACCAUAUCGGCCAGGCAUUGGUGGUUUCAUGGUGCGACAGCGGAAAUCCCACACACGGGUGAAAAAGGGGCCUGCUGCACAGGCGGAGGUGUUGAGUGGGGAUGGGCAGCCCGACGAGGGUGAGACGGUGAUGCCUGCUGAUCUGCCUGUGGAAAUCUCUGGAGAACAGAGCUUAGCUGAUGCGGACGAGAAGAAGAAGCAGCAGCGGCGCGGGCGCAAGAAGAGCAAACUGGAGGACAUGUUCCCUGCUUACCUGCAGGAGGCCUUCUUUGGGAAGGAACUGCUGGACCUGAGCCGUAAGGCCCUUUUUGCGGUUGGGGUGGGCCGACCAAGCUUUGGGCUUGGAACCCCAAAAGCCAAGGUGGAUGGAGUCCCAGAUAGGAAGGAACCCCCCACCUCGCAGAAAGGAGAUGAUGGUCCAGAUGUUGCAGAUGAAGAAUCCCGAGGCCUCGAGGGCAAGGCUGAUAUACCAGGACCUGCGGAUGGGGGUGUAAAGGCAUCCCCAGCGUCCAGUGACCCUGAGAAGCCAAGCACCCCAGGUGAAGGGAUGCUUAGCUCUGACUUAGACAGGAUUCCCACAGAAGAACUGCCCAAGAUGGAAUCCAAGGACCUGCAGCAGCUCUUUAAGGAUGUGCUGGGUUCUGAACGAGAGCAGCAUCUGGGUUGUGGAACCCCUGGCCUGGAUGGCAGCCGUACGCCACUGCAGAGGCCCUUUCUCCAAGGUGGACUCCCUUUGGGCAACCUCCCCUCCAGCAGCCCAAUGGACUCCUACCCAGGCCUCUGCCAGUCCCCAUUCUUGGACAGUAGGGAGCGCGGGGGCUUCUUCAGCCCGGAACCUGGUGAGCCAGACAGCCCCUGGACAGGCUCCGGGGGCACCACGCCCUCCACCCCCACCACCCCCACCACGGAAGGUGAGGGCGACGGACUCUCCUAUAACCAGCGGAGUCUUCAGCGCUGGGAGAAGGACGAGGAGUUGGGUCAGCUCUCCACCAUCUCGCCUGUGCUCUAUGCCAACAUCAACUUUCCCAAUCUCAAGCAAGAUUACCCAGACUGGUCUAGCCGCUGCAAACAAAUCAUGAAGCUCUGGAGAAAGGUUCCAGCUGCUGACAAAGCUCCCUACCUGCAAAAGGCCAAAGAUAACCGGGCAGCUCACCGCAUCAACAAGGUGCAGAAGCAGGCCGAGAGCCAGAUCAACAAGCAGACCAAGGUGGGCGACAUAGCCCGUAAGACUGACCGACCGGCCCUACAUCUCCGCAUUCCCCCCCAGCCAGGGGCACUGGGCAGUCCGCCCCCCGCUGCUGCCCCCACCAUUUUCAUUGGCAGCCCCACUACCCCCGCCGGCUUGUCUACCUCUGCGGACGGGUUUCUGAAGCCACCAGCAGGCACGGUGCCCGGCCCCGACUCGCCCGGUGAGCUCUUCCUCAAGCUCCCACCCCAGGUGCCCGCCCAAGUGCCUUCGCAGGACCCCUUUGGACUGGCCCCCGCCUACACCCUGGAGCCCCGCUUCCCCACGGCACCACCCGCCUAUCCCCCCUAUCCUAGUCCAGCUGGGGCCCCUGCUCAGCCCCCGACGCUGGGCACCUCGACGCGUCCUGGGACCGGCCAGCCAGGGGAAUUCCACACCACCCCACCUGGCACCCCCCGACAGCAGCCCUCCAUGCCUGACCCCUUUCUCAAACCCCGCUGUCCCUCACUGGACAACCUGGCUGUGCCUGAGAGCCCAGGGGUAGGGGGAGGAAAGGCUUCUGAGCCCCUGCUCUCACCCCCGCCUUUUGGGGAGUCUCGGAAAGCCCUAGAGGUGAAGAAGGAAGAGCUUGGGGCAGCUUCUCCUAGCUAUGGGCCCCCUAACCUGGGCUUUGCUGACUCACCCUCCUCAGGCCCCCACGUGGGUGGCCUGGAGUUAAAGGCACCUGAUGUCUUCAAAGCUCCCCUGACCCCUCGGGCAUCUCAGGUAGAGCCCCAAAGCCCAGGCUUGGGCCUACGGCCCCAGGAGCCACCCCCUGCCCAGGCUUUGGCCCCUUCUCCCCCUAGCCACCCUGAUGUCUUUCGCCCUGGCCCCUACCCUGAACCCUAUACUCAGCCUCCAGUGACGCCUCGGCCCCAGCCCCCACCUCCUGAGAGUUGCUGUGCCCUGCCCCCUCGCUCAUUGCCCUCUGAUCCUUUUUCCCGAGUGCCCGCCAGUCCCCAGUCCCAGUCCAGCUCCCAGUCCCCGUUGACACCCCGUCCUCUGUCUGCUGAGGCUUUCUGCCCAUCCCCUGUUACCCCUCGCUUCCAGUCUCCCGACCCUUAUUCCCGCCCACCCUCACGCCCUCAGUCCCGUGACCCCUUUGCCCCAUUGCAUAAGCCACCACGACCCCAGCCCCCUGAAGUUGCCUUCAAGGCUGGGCCUCUAGCCCACACUCCGCUGGGGGCUGGGGGCUUCCCAGCAGCUCUGCCCUCAGGGCCGGCAGGUGAGCUCCAUGCCAAGGUCCCAACUGGGCAGCCCCCCAAUUUUGCCCGGUCCCCUGGAACGGGUGCAUUUGUGGGUACCCCCUCUGCCAUGCGUUUCACUUUCCCUCAGGCGGUAGGGGAGCCUUCUCUAAAGCCCCCUGCUCCUCAGCCUGGUCUCCCCCCACCCCAUGGGAUUAACAGCCAUUUUGGGCACGGCCCCACCUUGGGCAAGCCCCAAAGCACAAACUACACAGUAGCCACAGGGAACUUCCACCCAUCGGGCAGCCCCCUGGGGCCCAGCAGUGGGUCCACAGGAGAGGGCUAUGGGCUGUCCCCACUACGCCCCCCAUCAGUCCUACCACCGCCUCUACCCGAUGGGUCCCUCCCUUACCUGUCCCAUGGAGCCUCCCAGCGGGCAGGCAUCACCUCUCCAGUUGAUAAGCGAGAAGACCCAGGGGCUGGAAUGGGCAGUUCUGUGGCAGCACCUGAACUCCCAGGUACCCAGGAUCCAGGCAUGUCCAGCCUCAGCCAGACAGAGCUGGAGAAGCAACGGCAGCGCCAGCGACUACGGGAGCUGCUGAUUCGGCAGCAGAUCCAGCGCAAUACUCUGCGGCAGGAGAAGGAAACCGCUGCGGCAGCUGCAGGAGCUGUGGGGCCACCGGGCAGCUGGGGUGGUGAGCCCAGUGGCCCUGCCUUUGAGCAGCUGAAUCGAGGCCAGACCCCCUUUACUGGGACCCAGGACAAGAGCAGCCUUGUAGGACUGCUCCCAAACAAGCUGAGUGGCCCUGUCCUGGGGCCAGGGACUUUCCCCAGUGAUGACCGACUCUCCCGGCCACCUCCACCAGCCACCCCUUCCUCUAUGGAUGUGAACAGCCGGCAACUGGUAGGAGGCUCCCAAGCCUUCUAUCAGCGAGCACCCUAUCCUGGGCCCCUGCCCUUACAGCAGCCACAGCAGCAGCAACUAUGGCAGCAGCAGCAGCAGACAACAGCAGCAACCUCCAUGCGACUUGCCAUGUCCACUCGCUUUCCAUCAACACCUGGGCCUGAACUUGGCCACCAAGCCCUAGGAUCCUCCUUGGCAGGAAUUCCCACCCGCUUGCCUGGCCCUGGUGAGCCAGUGCCUGGUCCAGGUGGUCCUGCCCAGUUCAUUGAGUUGCGGCACAAUGUGCAGAAAGGACUAGGACCUGGAGGGGCUCCAUUCCCUGGUCAGGGGCCCCCUCACAGACCCCGUUUUUACCCUGUAAGUGAGGACCCUCACCGACUGGCCCCUGAAGGGCUUCGGGGCCUGGCAGUAUCCGGUCUUCCCCCACCGAAACCCUCAGUCCCACUAGCUCCUGAACUGAACAACAGCCUCCAUCCAACGCCCCACACCAAGGGUCCUGCUCUGCCCACUGGCUUGGAACUGGUCAGCCGGCCCCCCUCAAGCACUGAGCUUGGCCGUCCCCCUCCUUUGGCCCUGGAAACUGGGAAGCUACCCUGUGAGGAUCCGGAGCUGGAUGAUGACUUUGAUGCGCACAAGGCCCUAGAGGAUGAUGAGGAGCUUGCUCACCUGGGCCUGGGUGUGGAUGUGGCCAAGGGUGAUGAUGAGCUAGGCACCCUGGAAAACCUGGAGACCAAUGACCCCCACUUGGAUGACCUGCUCAACGGAGAUGAGUUUGACUUGCUGGCCUAUACUGACCCUGAGCUGGACACCGGGGACAAGAAGGAUAUCUUCAAUGAGCAUCUGAGGCUGGUGGAGUCGGCCAAUGAGAAGGCUGAGCGGGAGGCCCUGCUGCGGGGGGUAGAACCAGGAUCCCUGGGUCCUGAGGAGCGCCCUCCUCCUGCUGCUGAUGCUUCUGAGCCCUGCCUGGCACCGGUGCUUCCUGAAUUGAAACCCAAGGUGGAGGAGGGUGGGCGCCACCCUUCCCCUUGCCAGUUCACCAUUACCACCCCUAAGGUAGAGCCAGCACCUGCCACUCCUUCCCUGGGCCUGGGGCUGAAGCCAGGACAAAAUGUAAUCAGCAGUCGGGACACCCGGAUGGGCACAGGGCCCUUUUCCAGUGGUGGGCACACAGCUGAGAAGGGCCCCUUUGGGGCCACGGGAGGACCACCAGCUCACCUGCUGACUCCCAGCCCACUGGGAGGCCCAGGAGGGUCCUCCCUAUUGGAAAAAUUUGAGCUUGAGAGUGGGGCCCUGACCUUGCCCAGUGGACACACAGCAUCUGGGGAUGAGCUGGAUAAGAUGGAGAGCUCACUGGUGGCCAGUGAAUUGCCCCUGCUCAUCGAGGACCUAUUGGAACAUGAGAAAAAGGAGCUGCAGAAGAAGCAGCAGCUUUCAGUACAGCUUCAGCCUGCUCAGCAGCAGCAGCAGCAGCAGCAUUCCCUCCUGUCCACAUCUAGCCCUGCCCAGGCCAUGCCUUUGCCACGUGAGGUUUCUUCUCCCAGUUUGGCUGGGCCCCAGCAGCAGCUUGCCAUGGGUCUUGGAGGUGCCCGACAGCCAGGCUUGGCCCAGCCACUGAUGCCCACCCAGCCACCAGCUCAUGUCCUCCAGCAGCGCCUGGCACCAUCCAUGGCCAUGAUGUCCAACCAAGGGCAUAUGCUAAGCGGGCAGCAUGGGGGGCAGUCAGGCUUGGUGCCCCAGCAGGGCCCACUGCCAGUGCUGACACAGAAGCCAAUGGGAACCAUGCCGCCUUCCAUGUGCAUGAAACCCCAGCAGCUAGCGAUGCAGCAGCAGCUGGCUAACAGCUUCUUCCCAGAUACAGAUCUGGAUAAAUUUGCUGCAGAGGAUAUUAUUGAUCCCAUUGCAAAGGCCAAGAUGGUGGCUUUGAAAGGCAUCAAGAAAGUGAUGGCUCAGGGCAGCAUUGGGGUGGCACCUGGUAUAAACAGGCAGCAAGUGUCCCUUCUAGCUCAGCGGCUUUCUGGGGGGUCUGGCAGUGACCUGCAAAACCAUGUGGCAGCUGGGAGUGGCCAGGAGCGGAGUACCAGUGACCCCUCCCAGUCUCGUCCCAACCCACCCACUUUUGCACAGGGAGUGAUCAAUGAGGCAGACCAGCGGCAGUAUGAGGAGUGGCUGUUCCAUACCCAGCAGCUCCUACAGAUGCAGCUGAAGGUGCUAGAGGAGCAGAUUGGUGUGCAUCGCAAGUCCCGGAAGGCCCUGUGUGCCAAGCAGCGCACCGCCAAAAAGGCUGGCCGUGAGUUCCCAGAGGCCGAUGCUGAGAAGCUCAAGCUGGUCACAGAGCAGCAGAGCAAGAUUCAGAAACAGCUGGAUCAGGUUCGGAAACAGCAGAAAGAUCACAAUAGUCUCAUGGCUGAAUAUCGGAAUAAGCAGCAGCAACAGCAGCAGCAGCAGCAGCAGCAGCAGCAGCAGCAGCAGCAGCAGCAGCACUCAGCUGUACUGGCCCUCAGCCCUUCCCAGAGUCCCCGGCUACUUACCAAGCUCCCUGGUCAGCUGCUUCCUGGCCAUGGGUUGCAGCCACCGCAGGGGUCCCCGGUUGGGCAAACUGGAGGUCUCCGCCUGCCUCCUGGGAGCAUGACACUCUCUGGACAGCCUGGUAGUCCCUUCCUCAACACAGCCCUGGCCCAGCAGCAGCAGCAGCAGCAGCAGCAGCAUUCUGGUGGUGCUGGGGCCCUGGCUGGCCCCUCAGGGGGCUUCUUCCCUGGCAACCUUGCUCUUCGGGGCCUGGGACCUGAUUCAAGGCUCUUACAGGAAAGGCAGCUGCAGCUGCAGCAGCAACGCAUGCAGCUGGCCCAGAAACUGCAACAGCAGCAGCAGCAACAGCAGCAGCAGCAGCACCUCCUAGGGCAGGUGGCAAUCCAGCAGCAACAGCAGCAAGGCCCAGGGGUGCAGGCAAACCAGGCUGUGGGUCCCAAGCCCCAGGGGCUUCUGCCUCCCAGCAGCCAUCAGGGCCUCCUGGUCCAGCAGCUGUCCCCUCAACCACCCCAGGGACCCCAGGGCAUGCUGGGCCCUGCCCAGGUGGCAGUGUUGCAGCAGCAGCACCAGCAGCAGCACCCUGGGGCUUUGGGCCCCCAGGGCCCUCACAGACAGGUGCUUCUGACCCAAUCCCGGGUACUGAGUUCCCCCCAGUUGGCACAGCAGGGUCAGGGCCUUAUGGGACACCGGCUGGUCACAGCCCAGCAGCAGCAGCAGCAACAGCAGCAGCAACAACAGCACCAACAGCAUGGGUCCAUGGCAGGGCUCUCCCAUCUUCAGCAGGGUCUGAUGCCACAUAGCGGGCAGCCCAAACCUAGUGCUCAACCCAUGGGAACCUUGCAGCAGCAGCAGCUUCAACAGCAGCAGUUUCAGCAACAGCAGCAGCAGCAACACCUUCAACAGCAGCAGCAGCUUCAGCAGCAGCAGCAACAGUUUCAGCAGCAGCAGCAGCAACAGUUUCAGCAGCAGCAGCAGCAGAUUCAACAUCAUCAGCAGCUACAACAGCAGCAGCAGUUACAACAGCAGCAGCAGCAGCUACAGCAGCAACAGCAGCAACUUCAACAGCAACAGCAGCAGCAAUUGCAGCAGCAGCAGCAGCAACAGCAGCAACAGCAGCAGAUGGGUCUCUUGAAUCAGAGUCGAACUUUACUAUCUCCUCAACAACAACAGCAGCAACAGGUGACACUUGGCCCUGGCAUGCCAGCCAAGCCUCAUCAACACUUUUCUAGCCCUGGAGCUCUGGGCUCAACUCUCCUCUUGACGGGCAAGGAACAAGGCACUGGAGAGGCAGCUCUUCCUCCAGAGGUCACUGAGGGGCCCUCAACCCAUCAGGGAGGGCCAUUAGCAAUAGGGACUACACCGGAAGCAAUGGCCGCUGAACCAGGGGAGGUAAAACCCUCACUCUCUGGAGACUCACAGCUCCUCCUUGUCCAACCCCAGGCCCAGCCUCAGCCCAACUCCCUACAGCUGCAGCCACCUCUGAGGCUCCCAGGACAACAGCAGCAGCAAGUUAACUUGCUGCACACAGCAAGUGGUGGGAGUCAUGCGCAGCUAAGCGGCGGAUCAUCUUCUGAGGCCUCACCCAUGCCCCACCUGCUGACCCCUCCCUCUGUGUCCUUAGGGGAGCAGCCUGGACCCAUGACCCAGAACCUUUUGGGUUCCCAACAUGCCCUUGCUCUAGAGCGGCCGAUGCAAAGUAAUGCAGGGCCACAGCUUCCCAAACCAGGACCUGUCCCCCAGUCUGGGCAGGGCCUGCCUGGGGCCGGAGUCAUGCCUACGGUGGGUCAACUUCGAGCACAGCUCCAAGGAGUCCUGGCCAAAAACCCACAGCUGCGGCACUUGAGUCCUCAGCAGCAGCAGCAGCUACAGGCCCUCCUCAUGCAGCGCCAACUGCAGCAGAGUCAGGCAGUACGCCAGACCCCACCCUACCAGGAGCCUGGGACCCAGCCCUCUCCCCUCCAGGGUCUCCUUGGCCGCCAACCCCAACUCGGGGCCUUCCCUGGAUCCCAGACGGGUCCCCUCCAGGAGCUAGGGGCAGGACCUCGACCUCAGGGCCCACCCCGGCUCUCUGCCCCACAAGGAGCCUUAUCGACAGGACCAGUCCUUGGCCCUGUCCAUCCCACACCUCCACCAUCCAACCCCCAAGAGCCAAAGAGACCUUCCCCACAAUUACCUUCCCCUAGCUCCCAGCUCCCCUCCGAGGUCCAGCUCAUCCCCACCCAGCCAGGGUCCCCAAAGCCCCAGGGGCCACCCUUGGAGCUGUCUCCUGGGAGGGUCUCACCUGCUGCUGCCCAGCUUGUGGACACAUUCUUUGGCAAGGGGCUGGGACCUUGGGACCCCUCAGGCAACCUAGUAGAAGCCCAGAAGCCAGAACAAAGCAGCAUGGUACCCGGGCAUCUGGAGCAGGUGAAUGGGCAGGCAGUGCCCGAGCCACCCCAUCUCAGCAUCAAGCAGGAGCCUCGGGAAGAGCCAUGUGCCCUGGGGGCCCCAGCGGUGAAGAGGGAGGCCAAUGGGGAGCUGAUAGGGGCACCGGGUACCAGCAACCACCUCCUGCUGGCAGGCCCCCGUUCAGAGGCUGGGCAUCUGCUCUUGCAGAAGCUUCUACGGGCAAAAAGUGUGCAGCUCAGCACUGGGCGGGGGCCUGAGGGGCUGCGAGCUGAGAUCAACGGGCACAUUGACAGCAAGCUGGCUGGGCUGGAGCAGAAACUGCAGGGUACCCCCAGCAACAAGGAGGAUACAGCAGCAAGGAAGCCAUUGACCCCAAAGCCUAAGCGGGUACAGAAGGCAAGCGACAGGUUGGUGAGCUCCCGAAAGAAGCUGCGGAAGGAGGAUGGGGUCAGGGCCAGCGAGGCCUUGCUGAAACAGCUGAAACAGGAGCUGUCCCUGCUGCCCCUAACGGAGCCUACCAUCACUGCCAAUUUUAGCCUCUUUGCCCCCUUUGGCAGUGGCUGUCCAGUCAACGGGCAGUGCCAGCUGAGGGGGGCUUUUGGAAGUGGCACACUGCCCACUGGCCUUGACUACUAUUCCCAGCUGCUUACCAAGAAUAACCUGAGUAACCCACCGACACCACCCUCGUCGCUGCCCCCCACCCCACCCCCAUCGGUGCAGCAGAAGAUGGUGAAUGGUGUCACCCCAUCUGAAGAGCUGGGGGAGCACCCCAAAGAUGCUGCUUCUGCCCAGGAGACUGAAGGUGCACUGAGGGAUGCUUCAGAGGUGAAGAGUCUAGAUCUGCUGGCCGCCUUGCCUACACCCCCCCACAAUCAGACUGAGGAUGUCAGGAUGGAAAGUGAUGAGGACAGUGAUUCUCCUGACAGCAUCGUGCCAGCUUCAUCCCCUGAGAGCAUCCUGGGGGAGGAGGCCCCUCGUUUCCCUCAGCUGGGUUCAGGUCGGUGGGAGCAGGAUGACCGGGCCCUCUCUCCUGUCAUCCCCAUCAUUCCUCGGACCAGUAUCCCAGUCUUUCCAGAUACCAAACCUUUUGGGGCCCUGGACCUGGAGGCCCCUGGAAAGCUUCCUGCUACAACUUGGGAAAAGGGCAAAGGAAGUGAGGUGUCAGUCAUGCUGACGGUCUCUGCUGCAGCAGCCAAGAACUUGAAUGGUGUGAUGGUGGCAGUGGCAGAGCUGCUGAGCAUGAAGAUCCCCAACUCCUAUGAAGUGCUCUUCCCAGAGAGCCCCGCCCGGGCAGGCAUUGAGCCUAAGAAGGGGGAAGCUGAGGGCCCUGGUGGGAAAGAAAAGGGUCUGGGAGGCAAGAGCCCAGAAGCUGGUCCUGAUUGGCUAAAGCAGUUUGAUGCCAUAUUGCCUGGCUAUACCCUCAAGAGCCAGCUAGACAUCUUGAACCUCCUGAAACAGGAGAGCCCCGCUCCAGAGCCACCCAUUCAGCACAGCUACACCUACAACGUCUCCAAUCUGGAUGUGCGACAGCUCUCGGCCCCGCCUCCUGAGGAACCCUCCCCACCCCCCUCUCCCCUGGCACCCUCUCCUGCCAGCCCCCCUACCGAACCCCUGGUUGAACUCCCAGCCGAACCCUCGGCUGAACCAUCAGUCCCCUCUCCUUUGCCACUGGCCUCAUCUCCUGAAUCAGCCCGGCCUAAGCCCCGGGCCCGGCCCCCCGAGGAAGGUGAGGAUUCUCGCCCCCCUCGCCUCAAGAAGUGGAAGGGGGUGCGCUGGAAGCGGCUCCGGUUGCUGCUGACCAUCCAGAAGGGCAGUGGGCAGCAGGAGGAUGAGCGGGAAGUGGCAGAGUUUAUGGAGCAGCUGGGCACAGCUCUGCGACCUGACAAGGUGCCUCGGGACAUGCGGCGCUGCUGCUUCUGUCACGAGGAGGGUGACGGGGCCACUGACGGGCCUGCCCGCCUCCUGAACCUGGACCUGGACUUGUGGGUGCACCUCAACUGUGCCCUGUGGUCCACAGAGGUAUAUGAGACCCAGGGUGGGGCGCUGAUGAACGUGGAGGUUGCCCUGCACCGUGGACUGCUAACUAAAUGCUCCCUAUGCCAGCGCACCGGUGCCACCAGCAGCUGCAACCGCAUGCGUUGCCCCAAUGUCUACCAUUUUGCCUGCGCCAUCCGUGCUAAGUGCAUGUUCUUCAAGGACAAGACCAUGCUAUGUCCGAUGCAUAAGAUCAAAGGACCCUGUGAACAGGAGCUGAGCUCUUUUGCUGUCUUCCGGCGGGUCUACAUUGAGCGGGACGAGGUGAAGCAGAUUGCCAGCAUCAUCCAGCGGGGAGAGCGGCUGCACAUGUUCCGCGUGGGGGGCCUUGUGUUCCACGCCAUCGGACAGCUGCUCCCUCAUCAGAUGGCCGACUUCCACAGUGCCACCGCCCUCUAUCCCGUGGGCUACGAGGCCACGCGGAUCUACUGGAGCCUCCGCACCAACAACCGCCGCUGCUGCUACCGCUGCUCCAUUGGGGAGAACAACGGGCGGCCAGAGUUCAUUAUCAAAGUCAUCGAGCAGGGCCUGGAGGACUUGGUCUUCACUGACGCGUCUCCCCAGGCUGUGUGGAACCGCAUCAUUGAGCCUGUGGCUGCCAUGAGAAAAGAGGCUGACAUGCUGCGGCUCUUCCCUGAGUAUCUUAAAGGCGAGGAGCUCUUCGGACUGACGGUGCACGCUGUGCUUCGCAUAGCUGAAUCACUGCCUGGAGUGGAGAGCUGUCAAAACUAUUUAUUCCGCUAUGGGCGCCACCCCCUGAUGGAGCUGCCACUUAUGAUCAACCCCACUGGCUGUGCCCGAUCGGAGCCUAAAAUCCUCACACACUACAAACGGCCCCACACCCUGAACAGUACCAGCAUGUCCAAGGCAUAUCAGAGCACCUUCACAGGCGAGACCAACACCCCGUACAGCAAGCAGUUUGUGCACUCCAAAUCAUCUCAGUACCGGCGGUUGCGCACUGAGUGGAAGAACAACGUAUAUCUGGCGCGCUCCCGUAUCCAGGGCCUGGGGCUCUAUGCAGCCAAGGACCUAGAGAAGCACACAAUGGUUAUCGAGUACAUUGGCACCAUCAUUCGCAACGAGGUGGCCAACCGGCGGGAGAAAAUCUAUGAAGAGCAGAAUCGAGGCAUCUACAUGUUCCGAAUAAACAACGAACAUGUGAUUGAUGCUACGUUGACCGGAGGCCCUGCCAGGUACAUUAACCAUUCCUGUGCCCCUAACUGUGUGGCAGAAGUUGUGACAUUUGAUAAGGAGGACAAAAUCAUCAUCAUCUCCAGCCGGCGAAUCCCUAAAGGAGAAGAGCUGACCUAUGACUAUCAGUUUGACUUUGAGGAUGAUCAGCACAAGAUCCCCUGCCACUGUGGAGCCUGGAAUUGUCGGAAAUGGAUGAACUAAGAAGCUUUGAGGCUACCAGGCAGGGGAGUCCCCCCACCCCCAACCUCUUCCCUGAAAGGGAUGAGGGGGAAGAGAGGUAGCAGCCAGAGCCAGGACCCAGGGCUGGGGCUGCCGGCUGACCGGAGCCCCUGGAACAGGAGACUGGGGCAGAGGGCCCUAGGCCGAGCCCACCCUGGGCACCAGGGACAACCCUCUUCCCCGCCACCGGCCCCCAGGCUGGCAUCUCUGCCCCCAGCUCCAGGAGGGGCCAGACAGAAGCAGCCAUUGGGCAUCUCAGGUUUGAGGGGGAUAUGGGCCGGGAACUACCCAGAAGCAUCUGGGAGGCAGCAGGGAGCGGGGAGGAGGAUGUGUGGCCGGGCCUCACAGCCCUGCUGCUCCCACCGACCUCUCCGGCCCAACUUAAGGCUGCAAAGAGACUUGACUAAGCUUGACAAUCCCAAAGGCCGGGUCCUACACCUGGCCCUGCCUGCCGGGUCCUGCCCCUACCCCCACCCCUACCCUCUUCCCUCUCAAUCUGUCUCUGUCUCCCUCUUCUCCUCUGUGUUUCUGUCUCUCUAUGGGUUGUGUUUCCUUGUUUUCCACUCUGACAAAUGCAACAUGAACGGGAAAGAGGCGCCCAGCUGCCCCGGAGGGAAAGCUGGGGGAGCCGGGCAAGGAGACCCCGCACCCACACCUACCUCAUUUAAGUGUUGGAUUUUUUGCUGUUUUGAAAUGUGAGACCCUCUCUAAGCCCCCCACUGCCCCAACUCUCUCCCCCACCUCACUGCCCUCUUCUGAGUGGGUGGAAGGGGGGUUUGGAGGAGGAAGAAAAAAAAAAAACAACAAAAAAAUCCAUCUUUGUUUUUAAUUUUGGGCUUGGGAUGGUGGUUGAGACUGAU